CGCCUGUAUCGUCUCUGCGUCUUUGUGAGGACUGCUGCCGCCACCGCUGACAAUGCAGAUCUUCGUGAAAACCUUAACUGGUAAGACCAUCACCCUGGAGGUCGAGCCCAGUGACACCAUCGAGAAUGUCAAGGCAAAGAUCCAGGACAAGGAGGGCAUCCCCCCUGACCAGCAGAGGCUGAUCUUUGCUGGCAAGCAGCUGGAAGAUGGCCGCACCCUGUCCGACUACAACAUCCAGAAAGAGUCCACCCUGCACCUGGUCCUCCGCCUCAGGGGUGGGAUGCAGAUCUUUGUGAAGACCCUGACAGGCAAGACCAUCACCCUGGAGGUCGAGCCCAGUGACACCAUCGAGAAUGUCAAGGCAAAGAUCCAGGACAAGGAGGGCAUCCCCCCUGACCAGCAGAGGCUGAUCUUUGCUGGCAAGCAGCUGGAAGAUGGCCGCACCCUGUCCGACUACAACAUCCAGAAAGAGUCCACCCUGCACCUGGUCCUCCGCCUCAGGGGUGGGAUGCAGAUCUUUGUGAAGACCCUGACAGGCAAGACCAUCACCCUGGAGGUCGAGCCCAGUGACACCAUCGAGAAUGUCAAGGCAAAGAUCCAGGACAAGGAGGGCAUCCCCCCUGACCAGCAGAGGCUGAUCUUUGCUGGCAAGCAGCUGGAAGAUGGCCGCACCCUGUCCGACUACAACAUCCAGAAAGAGUCCACCCUGCACCUGGUCCUCCGCCUCAGGGGUGGGAUGCAGAUCUUUGUGAAGACCCUGACAGGCAAGACCAUCACCCUGGAGGUCGAGCCCAGUGACACCAUCGAGAAUGUCAAGGCAAAGAUCCAGGACAAGGAGGGCAUCCCCCCUGACCAGCAGAGGCUGAUCUUUGCUGGCAAGCAGCUGGAAGAUGGCCGCACCCUGUCUGACUACAACAUCCAGAAAGAGUCCACCCUGCACCUGGUCCUCCGCCUCAGGGGUGGGAUGCAGAUCUUUGUGAAGACCCUGACAGGCAAGACCAUCACCUUGGAGGUCGAGCCCAGUGACACCAUCGAGAAUGUCAAGGCAAAGAUCCAGGACAAGGAGGGCAUCCCCCCUGACCAGCAGAGGCUGAUCUUUGCUGGCAAGCAGCUGGAAGAUGGCCGCACCCUGUCCGACUACAACAUCCAGAAAGAGUCCACCCUGCACCUGGUCCUCCGCCUCAGGGGUGGGAUGCAGAUCUUUGUGAAGACCCUGACAGGCAAGACCAUCACCCUGGAGGUCGAGCCCAGUGACACCAUCGAGAAUGUCAAGGCAAAGAUCCAGGACAAGGAGGGCAUCCCCCCUGACCAGCAGAGGCUGAUCUUUGCUGGCAAGCAGCUGGAAGAUGGCCGCACCCUGUCCGACUACAACAUCCAGAAAGAGUCCACCCUGCACCUGGUCCUCCGCCUCAGGGGUGGGAUGCAGAUCUUUGUGAAGACCCUGACAGGCAAGACCAUCACCCUGGAGGUCGAGCCCAGUGACACCAUCGAGAAUGUCAAGGCAAAGAUCCAGGACAAGGAGGGCAUCCCCCCUGACCAGCAGAGGCUGAUCUUUGCUGGCAAGCAGCUGGAAGAUGGCCGCACCCUGUCCGACUACAACAUCCAGAAAGAGUCCACCCUGCACCUGGUCCUCCGCCUCAGGGGUGGGAUGCAGAUCUUUGUGAAGACCCUGACAGGCAAGACCAUCACCCUGGAGGUCGAGCCCAGUGACACCAUCGAGAAUGUCAAGGCAAAGAUCCAGGACAAGGAGGGCAUCCCCCCUGACCAGCAGAGGCUGAUCUUUGCUGGCAAGCAGCUGGAAGAUGGCCGCACCCUGUCCGACUACAACAUCCAGAAAGAGUCCACCCUGCACCUGGUCCUCCGCCUCAGGGGUGGGAUGCAGAUCUUUGUGAAGACCCUGACAGGCAAGACCAUCACCCUGGAGGUUGAGCCCAGUAACACCACCAAGAAAGUCAAACAGGAAGAUGGACGCACCUUUCUCACUACAGUGUCUAGAAAGAGCACACCUUGUGCUUGUUCUUGGGCUUGAGGGGGGGAGGUGUCGUAGUUUCCCCCAUCUUUUAACCUGUUAACAAGUUUCAUUGCACUUUGAAUAAAGUUCUUGCAUUCCCAAA